UUUUUCUAGUUCAUUUGCUCUUUCAUUUACAUCUUCACUAAAGAUUUUAAUAAAAAAUUCCCAUCCUCCGUGAGUGGUGCAAAUAAGAGAAUUGAAUGCGAAUAUUUUUUUCUUUUAUUUUCAGGUCGUGGAAUGUCGUUCUGUUCGAGGACGGUAGAUGUGGUAUUGCGCCGACAAACUGGCUAACGCCAAAGAGGGAUCGCUGCGCUUACCCAAAAGUAAAUUCGUUUGCACUAAAUAAAUUAAUACAAGCAGCAACCGAAGUCAAAGAUGAUUGGUCUUCAUAUUUAGUCCGAAAAUUUUAUGCAGAGAAUCUUCUAACCUUUAAAGAAGCAAGAGCGGCACUAGAUAGUGUGGAUUCUGAUGUUCGUGAAAUUGAAAAUAUGAACCCCUCUCCCCAACCUGUACUGCCGCAACCUGCACUGCCUCAACCUGUACUGCCGCAACCUGUACUGCCUCAACCUGUACUGCCGCAACCUGUACUGCCUCAACCUGUGCAGCCGCAACCUGUACUGCCUCAACCUGUACAGCCGCAACCUGCACUGUCUCAACCUGUAGAAAAUUUUAAUACUGACGGAGAAGCUGUAACGGUAUCAUCUCAGUGCUUGCGACAACUGUUUAAAGUGACUCUUCAAAAUCAAGCUCAAUUGAAAGCUCUAAACGAAUCCAGGAGUCAAAGUCAAACAUAUAGCACAAGCAACAGUGCAACACCAGUAGAAGAGGCAGUCCCUAUCCUUUCUGCAUGUCCCUUGAAAUCAACAAAAGAUUUCAAGAAAUUGGAGAAAGCCCUGGGAGAAGAUACAAAAGUGCGGAAACAAUUGAGAGAGGAAUUGCAACUUCACAUGAAGAAAAAUCCUAAAGAGUCAUGUCGCAACCUUGCCAGGUGUCUGAUUGCUGAUGAACUGGCUCAAAAAUUUUCGUGGAAAGGGCGGCCAAUGAAAAACCAGCCCAAUCCAAAAGGUGCCUUUGAAGGUACUUGCUUGUCUAAACAGAUCUACCAAGCUGUCAAUGCGAAAUUUCCAUCCGAAAAAAUGACUGUGGAUACAUAUCAGAGAAACCUGGAAAACUGGUUCAUCCAGGCCAAGACACGCUUGCAAAGAAGUGAGGAGCGAAGAGCAGCUCGCGCUGCUAGACUGUCAGUCUCUCAGUUAGACCUAUCGUCAGAAUCAGAGGCAGAAGAAACUUAG